AACGACAAGGAUUUGCCCGGGGCGACAUGUGAUAAAAUUUGUGUUCUUUCCAUUCCAGUGGGAGGAGAUGUGGAGCCAAAGAUCAAUGGAGUUCCUCUUUUCAAAUGCAUCGCCAAGUUCAGGGAGCUAAGGGUCUUAUACUUAUGCAACUCUUGGAAGAAAUUCCAACCUCCAUCGACACGCUGAAACAUUUAAGGUACUUAGAUUUGCGAGGGAGCCGACGACUCAAGAGGUUGCCAGAGUCUAUUUGCAAGCUACAGAGCCUGCAGACUCUGAUACUUGCACUCUGCUCAGAGCUUGAAGAGCUUCCCAAAGACAUAGGGAACUUGAUCAGCCUCAGAUUCUUAUGGAUACAGACAAAGCAAGCCAGCUUGGGAAAAGAUGGCAUAGGAAGCUUAACAUCGCUUCGGUUUCUCGCGAUCGGAGGGAGCAAAAACUUGACUCGCUUGUUUGAUGAUAUUGACAGACUCAAUUUGCUUCAAACACUAAUCAUUUAUGAUUGCCUGAAAUGGACAAUCUCACUGGAAUUGCUUCGUUUUAAGAAACUGAUACUCAGAGGACUUCCAGCAUUCGCCAUUUUCCCGACGUGGUUAAACAGGUUUGAUUCAGAUUUAGAAGUGCUAGAAGUUGGAGAGUUUCCCACGCUAAGAAUAUUGCCUUUCUGGCUUCCAAAUUUAUGGGAACUUCGAAUUCUUGGGAUCUCCAACUGCCCUAGAUUGGAGGGUCGUAUGCCUCUUUAUAUGAAUAAUUGUGAUAAGAUGGAGGAAUUGAGGAUCACAUUUUGUGGGAUGUUUGGCAAAAACGCUAUGAAUGAAAGCAAUCACGAAGAGUGGGGUAUCUCUCACAUCUCUACUAUUUAUGUCGACGCCAAACGACUCAAUCCACGAGUAACAUCAAUAGACGAACACGAGGCAGCAGGUGGAGCUGAAGUAAGGCAUGGAGUAGACAAUGAUGAGCAGGAGAGUGAUGCUCAACAUGUUGGAUUCAACAAUGAUGCUGGUGUUAAAUCAAAACAAGAUGGUAUUGGUAGUGACAUUCAUGAAUCAAUUGGUGCCCGACAGGAUAACGGAGCAGCUGAGGACGGUCGUGUUGGGGCUGGACAAACUGGACAAGGAGAACACGACCGAGCUACGAACGAUGAUCAUCUUGAAGCUAACAUUGGUAGUGACAUUGGGACUGGACGACCAUUAAAACCAGAACAUGAUAAGGCUAACAAUGAUAGUCAUGUUGGUACUGGACAAACUGUUGGAGAGAAAGUAGAUGAAGUUGGCGACGAUAGGCUAGUCGGAACCGAACGAACUUUGGGAGAAGAACAGGUUGAUCCUAACGUCGGGACUAGACACAUCGUAAGAGCAAAACAAGAUGUAAUUACUGAUGAGAGUCAUCCUGGGGCUAAACUUGGCAGAGCAAAUGAGAAUGGCGAUGCUGCGGUGGACCGUGCUGGAUCCGAACAAACUAUGGUUGCGAGAGCGGUACAAAAUCGAGGGCAAACUCUGAAUACAGGGGUUAAUGUUGGCUACCUGACAAUGGCCGGACUUCUUGACAUUGUUGCCGGAAAUCUGCUCGGAAGGAUAGUUAAAGCCGCUGACCGACCAGAUUUUCGUCAUAUCCGAAGCGAACUAAGAAACCUUGAAACGACUGUGUCGAAUCUCAAGCCCAGACUCAGAGACGCCGAGGAGAAGCAGGCAAGCGAUGCGGAACUCUAUGAUCUGCUUAAGCGACUCAAACAUGCAUUUUCAGUGGCCGACGAUCUGCUUGAGGAAUUGGAAUGCGAAUACUUGAAGUGGAGAGUGCAGAAUAGAAAGAAUGACGUUGACAAAAAAGGAUGUCAGUUCUUCUCUUGUUUCUCGUCCAAUUUCUUCGUUUCUGCAACUAAAACUGCCGCUAAAAUCAACGAAAUCACGAAGACUUUAGAUACGAUUGAGGAAACCAUGUCUGAAUUCUCUCUGGUUGAAGAUGAAAAUGAACAUAUCAAACGUUUGAAGAGUGAAAUGAGUCUGCGGACCUCCAUUACUGGUUUACAAGUUUUCUCAAGGCUUCUGCAUUUGAAAAAAGAGGCGAUUCUCUCUGAUAAUUUCGACUACAUUGUUGGUAGAGAUGAAGCAAAACAGAGUAUCAUUGAUGAACUACUGAAGGAUGAAGAUGAUGAACAAAAAUCUCGGCUUAUUCUUUCAAUCCAUGGAGAUGGAGGGAUGGGAAAGACGGCUCUGGCCAAGUUAGUUUACAAUGCCCACCAAGUGUUUGAUCAUUUUGACAAGAGAAUGUGGAUAUGUGUUUCUGAAGAUUUUGAUGUUCGGAGAAUCAGAAGGGAGGUUCUCAGUUCAGCAACUGGAGAAAAGGUUAGUGAUCUCUUAACCGACUGCCGUUUACUAAUCCGGCUCAAACGGAGCUUUGCCGGCCGUAAAUUGUUGCUUGUUUUGGAUGAUUUUGGGGCUUUGGACCCUGAUAGAGUAUCGGAACUGGAAAAAUUAGUGAAGAUGGGUGCUAAUGGCAGCAAGAUCAUGAUCACCACUCGCAGUGAGCAAACUGUACAGGAUUCUGCAACAUACAAGGUUGAAAAACUCGAUGAGGAGAAAUCUAUGGUUUUAUUUGAACAGAAAUUUGGAAGCAAAAACCUUACUGAAAAUAUGACCAGAAUUCACAGUGAACUCAAGAAAGAACUUGUGCCAAAAUGUGGAGGACUUCCUUUGGCAAUCAAAUCCUUGGCAGGACUGCUUUCUUCGGAAGCGAGUGAUGGUGUCGAGUGGUUGGAUGUCAAGGCCUUGAGGGAGAAAUUGAAACAGGAAGAGGUGAAGGAGGGUGGUUGCGUUUUACGUGCACUGAGACUGAGUUAUGGUCUAAUGCCAUCUUACUUAAAGCCUUGUUUUCUUUGCUUUUCAUUGUUGCCUAAAGAUUAUGUGUUCUACUCAUUUGAGAUAAUCCAGUUAUGGAUGGCGCAAGGAAUCCUUCAUUCAGAUAGCCAAGAUCCCGAGGAUGUUGGGGAGCAAUACUUCAAAGAAUUGUGGUCUCGCGGUUUACUCGAAGACGUUGAGGAGCAUGCUCUUGGAUAUUGGUUCAAAAUCCAUAGCCUUGUCCAUGAUCUUGCAGUCCAACAGGCUAGUGAGGAACAACAGGACCUGGAAUUUUUGCAUCACCUGUCAUUUGUCGACUGCAACAACAAGGAUUUGCCCCGGCCGAAAUAUGAUAAAAUUUGUGUUCUUUCCAUUCCAGUGGGAGGAGAUGUGGAGCCAAAGAUCAAUGGAGUCCCUCUUUUAAAAUGCAUCACCAAGUUCAGGGAGCUAAGGAUCUUGUACUUAUGCAACUCUUCUUUGGAAGAAAUUCCAACCUCCAUCGACGCGCUGAAACAUUUGAGGUACUUAGAUUUGCGAGGGAGCCGACGACUCAAGAGGUUGCCAGAGUCUAUUUGCAAGCUACAGAGCCUGCAGACCCUGAUACUUGCAUUCUGCUCAGAGCUUGAAGAGCUUCCCAAAGACAUAGGGAACUUGAUCAGCCUCAGAUUCUUAUGGAUACAGACAAAGCAAGCCAGCUUGGGAAAAGAUGGCAUAGGAAGCUUAACAUCGCUUCGGUUUCUCGCGAUCGGAGGGAGCAAAAACCUGACUCACUUGUUUGAUGAUAUUGACAGACUCAAUUUGCUUCAAACACUAAUCAUUUAUGAUUGCAAAUCGCUGCUAACAUUGCCAAAAGGCUUGGAAAGCUUGAGUACGUUGUGUAAUAUGGCACUAUGGGGGUGUGAGCGGCUGAGAUUCCCAAUCUCAGUGGACUUCCUUCAUUUCAAGAAAUUGAUACUCAGAGGACUUCCAGCAAUUGCCACAUUGCCAAAGUGGAUAGAGCAUUUGUGUGAUGAUUUAGAAGUGCUAGAAUUUGGAGAAUUUCCCAUGCUAAGAGUAUUUCCUGUCUGGCUUUCAGAUUUCUGGGACCUUCGACUUCUUGGGAUCUCCAACUGCCCUAGAUUGCCAGGUUUUCUUCCUGAUCUAGAUUCUUGUGAAAAUAUGGAGGAAUUGAGGGUCACGUUCUGUGGAUCCUUUAGCCAAAAAGUUGUGGAGGAAAUCAAUCAUCAAAAUCAAAAUCUCUCUCAGAUCUCUACCAUUUAUGUUGACUCCAAAAAAGUGAAGCCGCGAGUAGUAUCAGCAGAUGAACACAAGGCAUCAGGUGGAGCUGAACAACCUGAAGAAGUAAGUGGUGUCCAUAAGAGUGAUGCUGAUCAUGUUGGAUCCAAUACUGAUGUCCAUGAGAGUGAUGCUCAACAUGUUGGAUUCAACAACAAUGCUGGAGUUAAACCAAAACAAGAUGGUAUUGGUAGUGACACUCAUGAAUCGAGUGGUGUCCGACAGGAUAACGGAGCAGCUGUAAACGGUCGUGUUGGGGCUGGACAAACUGGAGAAGGAGAACACGACCGAGCUACGAAUGAUGAUCAUCAUGAAGCUAACAUUGGUAACGAUAUUGGGACCGGACAACAGGCUAAGAAUGAUAGUCAUGCUGGUACUGGACAAACUGUUGGAGAUAAAGCGGUCGGAGCAGAACAGGUUGAUCCGAACGCCGGGACUAGACACAUCUUAAGAACAAAACAUGAUGGAGAGACAGAGGACAGUCAUGUUGGGGCUAAACAAACUGCAGAAACUAAAAAGGAUUUAGCUGGUGAUGAUGGUGAUAUAAAUGCAGGGCAAAUUGAAGGGGCAAAUCUUGGUGGAGCGAAUGAGAAUGGCGAUGGCGAGGUUUGUUUGGGUGACAAUGACGACGCCGGAGCUAAACAAGGUAUGGUGGUUACAUUGGAGGACACGAAGAAGGAACUGAAAAGCAAGACAAACGGUGGGCUCAAAGGCGCAUCCGCGGAUUGGGAGAUAAAUCGUGUUCAUUCCAUUAGCGACGCAAGGAACAUUCUGUAUUAUGUUCAUGAAGUACAAAGAACCCUAGCAAUGGCCGGACUUGUUGACAGUGUUGCCGGAAAUCUUCUCGGAAGGAUAAUUGAAGCCGCCAGACGACCAGAGUUACGUCAUAUCCGUAGCGAACUAGGAAACCUCGAAACGACUGUGUCGAAUCUCAAGCCCGGACUCAGAGACGCCGAGGAGAAGCAGGCAAGCGAUAGGAAACUCUAUGAACUGCUUAAAAACCUCGGGAACGUAUUUUCAAAGGCCGACGAUCUCCUUGAGGAAUUGGAAUGCGAAUAUUUGAAGUGGAGAGUACAGAAUCGAAAGAACGACGUGGAUGAAAAGGAAUGCCAGUUUUCUUCUCUUUUCUCGUCCGAUUUCUCCGUUUCUGCAUAUAAAUCUGCCAUCAAGAACAUCACAGAGGAGUUAUGUACGAUUGAGGAAACAAUGUCUGAAAUCCUUCUGAUUGAAGAUGAAAAUGAACACAUCAAACGUUUCAAGAGUGAAAUGACUCUGCGGACCUCCAUUACUGGUUCGCAAGCUUUCUCUAGGCUUCUGCGUUUGAAGAAAGAGGCGGUUCUCUCUGAUAAUGUCGACUCCAUUAUUGGUAGAGAUGAAGCAAAAAAGAGUAUCAUUGAUGAACUACUGAAGGAUGAAGACGAUAAACAAAAAUCUAGGCGUAUUCUCUCAAUUCAUGGAGAUGGAGGGAUGGGAAAGACGACUCUGGCCAGGUUAGUCUACAAUGACCACAAAGUGUUUGAUCAUUUUGACAAGAGAAUGUGGGUAUGUGUUUCUGAAGAUUAUGAUGUUCAGAGAAUCAGAAGGGAGAUUCUCAGUUCAGCAACUGGCGAAAAGGUUAACGAUGUCCUAACCGAGAAGCGUGUACAAAUCCGGCUCAAUGGGAACUUUGUCGGCAGAAAAUUGUUGCUUGUUUUGGAUGAUUUUGGGGCUUUGGAUCCCGGUAGAGUAUCAGAAGUGGAAAAAUUAGUGGAGAUGGGUGCUAAUGGCACCAAGAUCAUGAUCACCACUCGCAGUGAGCAAACUCUACAGGAUGCUGCAACACACAAGGUUCAAAAACUGGACGAGGAGCAAUCCAUGGUUUUAUUGAAACAGACAUUUGGAAUCAAAAAAUUUGAAAUUAUGACCGAAUUUCAAAGUGAACUCGAAGAACUUGUCUCAAAAUGUGGAGGAGUUCCUUUGGCAAUCAAAUCCUUGGCCGGAUUGCUUUCUUUGGAAGCGAGUUAUGGUGUCGAGUUGUUGAAUCUCCAGGCCUUGAUUGAGAAAUGGAAACAGGAGGAGGUGAAAGGAGGUGGUUGCGUUUUCCAUGCACUGAAACUGAGUUAUUAUCUAUUGCCAUCUUACUUGAAGCCUUGUUUUCUUUGCCUUUCGUUGUUGCCAAAAGAUUAUGUGUUCUUCUCAUUUGAGCUAAUCCAGUUAUGGAUGGCACAAGGACUCCUCCAUUCAGGUAGCAAAGAUCCUGAGGCUGUUGGGGAGCAAUACUUCAAUGAAUUGCGGUCUCGCAGUUUACUCGAAGACGUCGAGGAGCACACUCUUGGAUAUUGGUUCAAACUCCAUAGCCUCGUUCAUGAGCUUGCAGUCCAACAGGCUAGUAUGGAACAUCAGAACCUGGAAAUUUUGCAUCAGCUGUCAUUUGUCGACUGCAACAACAAGGAUUUGCCUCAGCCGUCAAAUGAUAAAGUUCAUUUUCUUUCCGUUCCAGAGGGAGGAGGUGCGGAGCCAAAGAUCAAUGGAGUCCCUUUUGUCAAAUGCAUCACCGAGUUCAGGCAGCUAAGGGUCUUGUACUUAUGCAACUCUUCCUUGGAAGAAAUUCCAACCUCCAUCGACACGCUGAAAUGUUUAAGGUACUUAGAUUUGCGAGGGAGCCGACGACUCAAGAGAUUGCCGGAGUCUAUUUGCAAGCUACAGAUCCUGCAGACCCUGAUCCUUGCAUUCUGCUCAGAGUUUGAAGAGCUUCCCAGAAACAUAAAGAACAUGAUCAACCUCAGAUUCUUAUGGAUACAGACAAAGCAAGUCCGCUUGGGAAAAGACGGCGUAGGAAGCUUAACAUCGCUUCGUUUUCUCGCCAUCGGAGGGAGCGAAAACUUGACUUGCUUGUUUGAAGAUAAUGACCAGCUCAAUUCCCUUCAAACACUGAUCAUUUAUGAUUGCAAAUCCCUGCUAACAUUUCCAAAAGGCCUGGAAAGCUCGAGUACGUUAUGUAAUAUGGCCAUAUGGGGUUGUGAGCGGCAGUUAUUGACAGACUCUCUGGAAUCGCUCCGUCUUAAGAAACUGAUACUCAGAGGCCUUCCAUUUUUUGCCACCUUGCCAAACUGGAUACAAAGUUCUGAGGUGGAUUUAGAAGUGCUAGAAGUGGGAGAGCUUCCCAGGCUAAGAGCAUUACCUCUCUGGCUCGAAGAUUUAUGGGAACUUCGAAUUCUUGGGAUCUCCAACUGUCCUAGGUGUGUUGGUCCUUCGUUUCCUUCUUUAAGUGAUUGUAUAAAGAUGGAAGAACUGAGAAUCACGUCGUGUCGGCGGCUUUCCGACAUUGUUAAGCAAAGCGGUGAUAAAAGUUGGGUUAUCUCUCACAUCCCUUCCAUUUAUGUUGACACCAAAAAAUUCAAGCCAGGAGUAGCAGCAACAGGCCAAGCGGGGCAGCCGGUGGCGCCGAAGAAUUUAUACCUUGGUUUGGAUCUAUCACCUCUGUGUGGCCAAGAACAGUGUUUGAAGCCUGACUUGAGAGAUAAACGGAACAUUUCUUCUAAAGAUGUGAAAGAAGGUAGGAGUGUCCAUGUGUACUCCGCUCGAGCAAUCACCAUAGCAAAUAAGAUGAAGAUCAAUGGUAAAAACCAAAGAAUGACUAGCUUGCUAGUACAUGAACAAAGGAUGAACGGACGUGGAGGCAAUGGACAAGCAUUAAAUGAGACAAUCAAAGAUAGAAUCGAUGGAAGAGGAGGUGACCAAUUUAUGAAGUUUUUCGAGGAAAAGGUGGGACUUUCAUCCCAUGGUGGGAGAGUGUUGGACGCAAAGGAAGUUCUGUAUUUUGUUCAUGAAGAACGAAGGCAGAACCAGUUCGUGUUGGCUUCCUUCUGUAAAGCAAAAGGGAAAAGCCUAGAAAUGGCCGGAAUUCUUGACGGUGUUGCCGGAAAUCUGAUCGGAAGGAUCAUUGAAGCCGCCAGCCGACCGGAGUUCCGUCAUAUCCGACGCGAACUAAGAAAUCUCGAAACGAAUGUGUCGAAUCUCAAGCCCGGACUCAGAGACGCCGAGGAGAAGCAGGCAAGCGAUGGGAAACUCUAUGGUCUGCUUAAUCAACUCAUGAACGAAUUUUCAAAGGCCGAUGAUCUCCUUGACGAAUUGGAAUGCGAAUAUUUGAAGUGGAGAGGGCAGAAUCAAAAGAACGACGUUGACGAAAAGGGAUGCCAGUUCUCUUCUUGUUUCUCGUCCAAUUUCUUCGUUCCUUCAACUAAAACUACCGAUAAAAUGAACGGAAUCACAAAGACCUUAGAUACGAUUGCGGAAACCAUGUCUGGAUUCUCUCUGAUUGAAGAUGAAACUAACCACAUCAAACGUUUGAAGAGUGAAAUGACUCUGCGGACCUCCAUUACUGGUUCGCAAGCUUUCUCUAGGCUUCUGCAUUUGAAGAAAGAGGCGAUUCUGUCUAAUAAUGUCGCCUCCAUUAUUGGUAGAGAUGAAGCAAAACAGAGUAUCAUUGAUGAACUACUGAAGGAUGAAGACGAUAAACAAAAAUCCCGGCGUGUUCUCUCAGUUCAUGGAGAUGGAGGGAUGGGAAAGACGACUCUGGCCAGGUUAGUCUACAAUGACCACAAAGUGUUCGAUCAUUUUGACAAGAGAAUGUGGGUAUGUGUUUCUGAAGAUUAUGAUGUUCAGAGAAUCGGAAGGGAGAUGCUCAGUUCAGCAACUGGCGAAAAGGUUAACGAUGUCCUAACCGAGAAGCGUGUACAAAUCCGGCUCAAUGGGAACUUUGUCGGCAGAAAAUUGUUGCUUGUUUUGGAUGAUUUUGGGGAUUUGGAUCCCGGUAGAGUAUCAGAAGUGGAAAAAUUAGUGGAGAUGGGUGCUAAUGGCAGCAAGAUCAUGAUCACCACUCGCAGUGAGAAAACUCUACAGGAUGCUGCAACACACAAGGUUGAAAAACUGGACGAGGAGCAAUCCAUGGCUUUAUUUAAACAGACAUUUGGAAUCAAAAAAUUUGAAAGUAUGACCGAAUUUCAAAGUAAACUCAAAGAACUUUUGUCAAAAUGUGGAGGAAUUCCUUUGGCAAUCAAAUUCUUGGCCGGAUUGCUUUCUUCGGAAGUGAGUGGUGGUGUCGAGUCGUUGAAUCUCCAGGCCUUGUUUGAGAAAUGGAAACAGGAAGAGGUGAAGGAGGGUGGUUGCGUUUUACAUGUACUGAGACUGAGUUGUGAUCUAAUGCCAUCUUACUUAAAGCCUUGUUUUCUUUGCAUUUCGUUGUUGCCUAAGGAUAAUGUGUUCUACUCGUUUGAGCUAAUCCAGUUAUGGAUGGCACAAGGACUCCUUCAUUCAGAUAGCAAAGAUCCUGAGUCUGUUGGGGAGCAAUACUUCAAUGAAUUGUGGUCUCGCGGUUUACUCGAAGACGUUGAGGAGCACACUCUUGGAUAUUGGUUCAAAAUCCAUAGCCUUGUUCAUGAUCUUGCAGUACAACAGGCUAGUAAGGAACAACAGAACGUGGAAAGUUUGCAUCAGCUGUCAUUUGUGGACUGCAACAACAACGAUUUUCCUUUGCUCACAUGUGAUAAUUUUUGUGUUCUUUCCAAUCCAGUGGGAGGAGGUGUGGAGCCAAAGAUCAAUGGAGUUCCUCUUUUCAAAUGCAUCACCAAGUUCAAGCAGCUAAGGGUCUUAUACUUAUGCAAAUCUUCCUUGGAAGAAAUUCCAACCUCCAUCGACACGCUGAAACAUUUGAGGUACUUAGAUUUGCGAGGGAGCCGACGACUCAAGAGGUUGCCAGAAUCAAUUUGCAAGCUACAGAUCCUGCAGACCCUGAUACUUGCAUUCUGCUCAGAGUUUGAAGAACUUCCCAGAAACAUAAAGAACAUGAUCAGCCUCAGAUUCUUAUGGAUACAGACAAAGCAAGCCCGCUUGGGAAAAGAUGGCAUAGGAAGCUUAACAUCGCUUCGUUUUCUCGCCAUCGGAGGGAGCGAAAACUUGACUCGCUUGUUUGAAGAUAUUGACAGACUCAGUUCCCUUCAAACACUGAUCAUUUAUGAUUGCAAAUCGUUGAUAACAUUGCCAAAAAACUUGGGAAACUCGAGAAAAUUAUGUAAUAUGGCACUAUGGGGGUGUGAGCGGCUGAGAUUGACAUUCCCAAUGGAAAUCAUUCGUCUCAAAAAACUGAUACUCAGAGGACUUCCAGCAUUGACCAAUUUGCCGAUGUGGAUCUAUUAUUCUGGGGUGGAUUUAGAAGUGCUAGAAGUGGGAGAGCUUCCCAGUCUAAGAGCAUUACCUUUCUGGGUCGAAGAUUUAUUGGAACUUCGAAUUCUUGGGAUCUCCAACUGUCCUAUGCUGGCGGGAUCUAUGUUGCCUAUUCUACAAAAUUGGGAUAAGAUGAAGGAAUUGAGGAUCACGUUUUGUGGGUUGCUUAGCAAACAAGUUUUGAAGGAAGCCAAUCAACCAGAGUUCGAUACCUCUUGCAUCUUUACCAUUUAUGUGGACUCCAAAAUAAUCAAGCUACCAGUAGCAUCAAAGGACAAAGACAAGGCAGAUGUUGAAGCUAAACAAACUAAAGAAGUAAAUAAUGAUGAGCGUAAGAGUGAUGCUCAUCAAACUAGAUUGAACAAUACUGCUGGAGAGGUAUCAAAACAAGCUAGGACCGAAGUAGCUAGACAAGAAGAACACGACCGAGCUAUGAACGAUGAUCAUCAUGAAGCUAAGAAUAAUGGACAAGCUUUAAAAGCACAACAGCAUAAGGGUAAUAAUGAUCCUCGUUUUGGGACUGAACAACCUUUAAAAGCAGAAGAUUGUAAGGUUAAGGAUACUGAUGGCAGAGUACGGACGGUUCCUAUUAUGGAUGUGAACUCAUCUCCAAGCAACACAUGAUGGAGCAGAAGAAGAUGUAACUACUGAUGAUACUCAUUUUGGGGCUAAACAAACUGAAGAAACUAAAAAGGAUUUAGUUGCUACUCAUACUCAUAUUGAUGUUACCAAAAUUGAAGCAGAAGCAACACAUUUCAUUUUAAAACUUCCAUACGAUAGGAAGUGUUAUUUUUUUAUUUUCAAUUAUGUCAUUACCAAUUUUCAUCGUUUAUAUUUGAAAUGAAUUUGUGCAUAUAAAUUUCUUA